CACGGAUGACGUUGCAGCAGCUCCUGUAAAUAGAGCGGGCCGUCUUUAAACCGUGGUCACAAAACGCCGGUCUCCAUAGAAACCACACGCAUCGAGUUAGUACUUCCGGUUCGGUCGGACCCGGAAGUGCACCAUGGACAAACGCGUCGGCGCUCUAGUGGAUGACUGUCGCUGAUCCGUUUCGUGCUGCUUUAAACGAUGUUCCGGUACUGGCUCGGCACCGCGGUGCUCCUGGGUCUGGCCGGAGGCUGCGACAGUUCGGCCGCUCGGCUGUACACGGAAGAGGACCCGCUCGUCAUUCUCAGCAGCCGCAAUGUCCGCACUUCACUCAUCAACUCGUCCAGCGCCUGGCUGGUGCAGUUCUACUCGUCCUGGUGUGGACACUGCAUCCAGUACUCCAGUACGUGGAAAGCUCUGGCCGACGAUGUCAAAGAAUGGCAACCAGUGAUCCAAGUGGCGGUUCUGGAUUGCGCCCUGGAAGAGAAUGUUGAUGUCUGUAAAGAGUUUGGAAUUAAGUAUUACCCCACGUUCAAGUACUUCCGAGCUCAUCUUCCGGAGACAGAACACGGCAUCAUCUACCGAGGCGCAGACAGGGAGGUCCAAUCGGUCCGUCGAUUGAUGGUUAACUUUCUGCAGAACCACACCAGUCUGGAUCGACCCAAAAACUUUCCUCCAAUGGACCCCAGCAGUUCUGUGGAGCUGCUCCCCCUGGUGGGUCAAAAGUCAGAUCACUACAUCGCCAUCAUUGUAGAAGACCCUGAGUCAUACACUGGUCGAGAGGUGAUCCUGGAUCUGCUCCAUUACUCAGGUGUUCAGGUUAGAAGAGCUCUCAGCUCUGAUCGCCGCCUGCUGGCGACUCUAAACAUCACAAGCAUCCCCUCAGUUUAUCUUCUGCAUCCGAACGGCUCGCACGCACACUUGCGCAGUCCGAAGCCCUUCAGGUUCUUCUUCGCAUCCUCGCUGCGAUCUCUACCGGGGGUUCAUCGCCGCACAGCACUCUCAUUGGCACGCAGUCAGACGAUGGCACCGGGCCAAGAAGUGAGUCCAGAACCCUGGAGAGACUUUGACAAGUCGACCGUGUACCUAGCAGACUUGGACUCCGGCCUUCAUUACCUACUGAGAGUUGAAAUGGCCACCCAUCAGUCACUGGAGGGGGCGGAGCUUCAAGUGUUUAAGGACUUUGUUACCUUAGUCGCAAAGUUGUAUCCAGGUGGUGGCGCUGUUGCCAAGCUGAUGGAGACGCUGUCCGAUUGGCUGCUCAGCCUUCCGCUGCAGCGAAUCCCAUACCAGGCGGUCUUAGACCUGGUGAACAACAAGAUGAGGAUCUCAGGCGUGUUCCUGGGGGCGGAUCUUCGCUGGGUCGGUUGCCAGGGCAGCAGACCAGGUCUCCGAGGCUACCCAUGCUCCCUCUGGACCUUGUUUCAUGUUCUGACGGUCCAGAAUGAUGCGAACCCAGCAGCACUUGACAACACAGGUCUGGAUGGCGAGGCUGCCCCUGUGCUGCAGGUCAUGCGUCGCUACGUCCAUUCCUUCUUUGGCUGUCGAGAGUGCGCACGACAUUUUGAGUCUGCUGCCGACAGCAUGAGCACAAUCAAGAACAAGGAAGAUCAAAUGCUGUGGCUGUGGAGGCAACACAACCUGGUCAACACACGCCUCGCAGGCUCCCUCAGUGACGACCCCUCCUUCCCUAAGGCACCGUGGCCCAGCACCGCGCUCUGUCCAUCCUGCCACGAGGAGAAGGAGGGCGUCCACAAGUGGAACCUUGAGCAGGUGCUUUCUUUCCUGCGUCGCCAUUAUGGAGUGUCCAAUCUCUCCCACCGGUACUCCUUGACCCCGCCCAGCCUCCCUGGUUCUCAUCCUGACCCCGUUCGGGUGCAGCUGGAGCAGCCGGGAGCCAGAGAUGUAACGGCAUCUCUUGAAGGGAAGGGGCAGCCAAGACCCGCCGCUAGUCUGAGGAAGGAGCAAGAGGGGCGGGGCCUGGAAAUGGGCAGGGGUGGAGGCGUGUGGAUUUUGGGCUUCACCAGCGUGGACUUGAGUCUGUGCGUUCUUCUCUACGCGUCCUCCUGCCUGGUGAUCGUCCUCCUCUUCUUCUUCUUCAGGGUCAGAUCCCGGCGGUGGAAACGGCCCCGUCUGCCUGUUUGACCCCGGACUCUGGACUGGCUCCUGACGUGCCAUAUUUUGAGGCCCCAAACCUUAAUUUAUUUGAACAACUUUAAUGUGAAACCUUUUUAUCUUUUUGUGUCUGGUGUUCGUACAUUUGAAUAAACAAAAGUCAACAACGGUGACUGGUGGUGUGAGC